AAUUGCGGGAGCAGCAAUUGCGGGAGCAGCAAUUGCGGGAGCAGCAAUUGCGGGAGCAGGGUCUGCACGAGCUCCCUUGCCUCCAGGAGAAGUGGCAGAGGCCGUUGGGAAUGAUGAACACAUCCCAUCUUUGCACAGAGGGUUUGCACGCAUGUCUUUGCUUCUUGAGAUGAGUGUGCUAUUGCACGUUUGCACGUCACGUCAGUGGCUACCAUGUGUCAUGCAUGUCUCUUAGAGAGUUUAGGAGCAGAACAUGAGGCCUCCCGUCCCAGACAGAACCAGUACAGCACCCCUGUCAGCUGUCUUGUGAACCUCCGGCAGAAAGAGACGCUGACAAGGCUGCAAAGUGGUGUUGAAAUGCAGGACAAGGAGGAUGGUGGGAUGUAAAGAAAAAGGGUGGCAUGAAAGUGACAGUACUCUUAGGCUUUGUUUUGUGUGAUUCCCUCAGGCACCAGGGCUGAUGCUACUGAGAAGCAACUUGAUGGGUCUUCAUCAAGACAAAGUGAAGACACGGCUUCUACUGGCAACAUCAGCAGAGAAGAUGAUUCAGUGCUGGAAGACAGACCAAUAAUGGCAGGCAAGCAGACGUUUGAGCAGUUACUGGAGGAGCAGCUGAGCUUGGAGGAGCAGAGGUUGGAAUCUGGCCGGCAACACCAGAAGCCACAUGGAGGAGACCCCCCCCCCCCCAAAAAAAAGGACCUUUCUGAGGCGAGGCCAGGGUCUGUCUAGAUUUGCCAACAACCGCAAGUCUUCUUUCCCCAAGGAGGACACGAUGACUGAUACCGCCACCCUCAACAAGGAAAAUUGUCCGAGUGGCACCACUUGGCCACCCCAGGAUCUGAGAUUUGAGAGUAAGGCAGCGCAAAGUAAGGUGUUCGGCGGCCACCAGAGACCAAACACAGACAGAAGCGAGGAUGUCUUCAUUGCUCAAUGCAGCAAGCAAGCGCAGCACAGUCAGCUCCUCGUGACAAAGCAGGUGGCCGCCGAGCAGAGUCCAAGACCCGAAUCGCCGGACGGGCAAGCACUGGCCAGAGUUCCGCGGGAAUCGUGCGUGGAGAAGAUCCAGAUACGCGAAAUUCCGCUGGAGAGCAUGGGGUUGGAAGAGUUUGAACCCCUGGAGCAAGCGGCCGAGUUGUCCUUCUCCUCCUCCUCCAUCUCCUCAUCCUCCUUUGUCACCAAGGAGGAAACCGGAGUACCCGGCGAAAACCCACGCACGCACGGGGAGAACAUGCAAACUCCACACAGAAAUGCCCCAUUUCAUAAUCAGAUGGUGGCCCAGCUAGAGAUGGAGAUCAAGCGCUUCCAGAAGCAGAAAGCGGCGCUGGCCAAGCUCAGACAAGAGAAUGAGACGAUCUGGAAGAACCUCAGGAUGGAGUGCGAGGCUUUUGAGCAGAGAGCAGAGAGUCUGGCUCACUUUGAGGACUACAAGAAAGAAGAAACCAGGAAGCUGCAGAGGGAACGCAAACUAUUUGAGAAACACGCCACGGUCGUGCGAGCCACGCCCAACAGGAAUGAACGGAGGCAGAUCCAGGCGCUGGAUGAGCAGCUGAGCUCCCUGCGGGAGGAGCUGAGGAAGAAGGGGAGCCUCUGGUCGUGCAGGCACACUUGGCUUCGCCAGCAGAUUGACUCUCUCAGCCUGGAGAAGCUCAAGCUGACGGACCAAUUGAGAGAAGCAUCGGAGAAGCUUCGUCUCAGAGCAGAGAGGGACACUAUAGAAACCAGGAAGUUGCAGAGGGAACACACACUGCUGGAGAAACACGCCGCUGCUGUGCAAGCCAUGCCCGACAAGAAAGAACGGGAGGAGAUACAGGCGCUGAAGGAGCAGCUGAGCUCCCUGCAGGAAGAGCUGAGGAAGGAGGAGAGCCUCUGGUCGUGCACGCACACUCGCCUUCGCCAGCAGAUUGACUCUCUCAGCCAGGAGAAUCUCAAGCUGAAGGACAAAGGGUGCAUGUGUGAGCUGCUUCAUCUCAGACCCAUGACAAAGAACUCUAUGGAAGCAGAAAGCGACACUAAAUAUGUGCCUUCUGUGAGCAAAAGAGACAAACUGGCUAGUCCUCUGGACGCCAGAGGGAGCGUCGGCCCUCCAAGCUGCAGUACUGCAGCGGCCGCUAGAGGGAGCUCCAACGACAGCAGGCAUCCUGACCACGAGCCCAAAGAAAUGGACGACAGUCGAAGAAAGCCUGGCGAGUCAUCGUCAUCAUCACACAUGUCUGCCAAAAACGUGUCCAGGGGGUUUACGACCUCCAUGUUGGAUCAGGACAUCCUAAGAACGCAGCCGCUAUUAAGGGUUCGUUUGUUCAACGAUGUGGAGAAGUUCCUGGCCAGCGGCGCUUACAUUGCCAUCUUCCCGAACGGGAUGAGGACCAAGCUUUCAUCGGACGGCGCCACGCUCACAAUCGCUUUUGCCAACGGCGACACCCUUGAUUUAACACCUGACCACAGAGUGAUCUACAACUACGCAGACACCCAGAUGACGCACAUCAUCUACCCAGACGACAUGGAGGUGCUGCACUUCCCUACACAGGUGAGACCCCUCGCAGCGUCCAUCUCAUCGUCUCCUCCCUCCUCCCGCAGAGAGGCACUUCCCCGACGGCAGCAAGGAGAGCGUUCUGACGGAGUGAAGUUUCAACAACGGCCAGUCGAGGUCCACACGGCCGACUACAGGAUGAGAUGGUAUCCAGACGGCACCAUGAAGACCAUCUACUCUACUCACAAAGUAUUGCUGUCAUAAAUUUAUUUAUUGAUUCUCAUCUUUUAUCCUAACAUUGUCUGGCGACCAGUCCAGUGUGCACCCCGCCGUUUGCCCAAAGUCAGCUGGGAUAAGCUCCAGCAUACCUCCGUGACUCUAGUGAGGAUUAAGCGGCAUAGAAAUGAAUUGAUAUCCUCAUGACUUUAUUCUCAUUGCAACUUCAUUGUCUUAAAAUAUUGUUUUCUCUAAAUAUUGCGAGUUAAUUCUCAUGAAAUGUGGAAUUUAUUGUUGUCAUGUAACAACUUUGUAGUUUGUCUUUGUAGUUGAAUGACGUAGAUUCUCUGAAAUGGCUUAAUUCUAAUACUUGUUGGUAGCACGUGGAGCAUCUGGUCUUGUUCGUAUUUUUGUCAGACUCACCGACCUCCUCGCUGCAGCCUUUGUUCAAGUCAUCCAAGUGCCAACCAAAGUGACCCGCGUGCCGCAGCCUUUAAAAUAUCAGAAAAUAAACGACCACUGUUUUAGAGUUUGAAAAAAAAUGUAGUUGAUAUUUGAAGUUGGAAGUUUUUUGUAGUGAAUGAAAUGUUUUUGUGUUUUUCAUGAUCUGUGACGAUUCUAUUUAGUAAAAAUGUUGAAGGUGUUUAUUUUCUAAGCUGAGUGACGUUUAUUCUCUGAAUUGAGAUGUUUCACGUGUCAAUCAGGAGAGUCGGGAUGCGUUCAAUAACAACAGACUUUAAUGGCACAGCCGUCUGUAUCGUGCAAAACUGAGAACAAACUCAGAGCACAGACGAGUGAUAAAGUGUAAA